ACCGGGUGAGCUCCUCGGUACCAUAAAACAACAAACCUAUUGGUACAAGUCUGUGAUCAAAUACGGCGUAUCAGGUGGGGCUUCAAUCAUCCGCCGACAACUUCAUCGUCUUAAACUGUGCGGACACCCACGAUUUGCUCAACCGGUUGACUGUGUCGCUUUCCUUUUUGACAGUUGCGUUUAUAGACUUUAGAACUCUUUCAGCACCAGAAUGGCUGAACUCAAGCCGUACAGAGGCAAUUAUUACCUAUGGCAAUAUCUUCCUUCCACAGCAGCAGCAGGCUUGUUCGCCGCUCUCUUCAUACUCGGAACCGGGUACAUCACAUGGAGGCUUGUCAAGGCCCGUGCGUAUUAUUGCGUAGUCUUUGUCAUCGGUGGUAUCUUUGAGAUCGUGGGUUAUUGUGCCAGAGCCGCAUCCAGAAACCAAACUGACGUGCUCGGACCCUACGUCAUCCAGAGCACUCUUCUGCUCGUCGCGCCCGCCCUCUUUGCUGCCUCGAUCUAUGUCGUCCUCGGGCGUGUCAUCCGUGCAGUCCAUGCCGAGCGUCUGUCUUUCAUUCCCGUCAAGUGGCUUACUACCAUAUUCGUCUGUGGCGACGUAGCAUCGUUCAUGGUCCAAGCUAGCGGGGCUGGAAUUAUGGUCACUGGAGACAGCCCGAAGACAGGGGAAAAUAUUAUCCUCGGUGGUCUGAUCAUUCAGAUCAUCAUGUUCGGGUUGUUCGCUACUGUAGCGGGUGCCUUUCACAUUCGACACCGUUGGUGGCCAACAGGUGCAUUCCUGAAGAACCGUUCCAGCUGGACGAAUAUCAUGGUUAUGCUAUACACGGUCAGUAUCUUCAUUAUGGUACGGUCCAUAUUCCGUGUCAUUGAAUACGCUAUGGGACAAUCAGGCUAUCUUCUCAAGCACGAAUGGACACUCUACGUCUUCGAUGCGACCCUGAUGUUUGGAGUUGUGGCGAUGUUUUCUUGGAGAUUCCCUAGCGGUCUUUCUAUCAAGGAACUCCAGGAGGUUGAAGUGGAUGGAAGACAGUUUUCGGAACAACCUGAAGAAUCACGUGAGCCUGAUGGCCUGCAAAUGAGCAAGCUAGCGACUUCUUACACUCCAUUCAAUGAGUCAAAGUAGAUCUCUCAAUCGGACUUUCGUAGAAUACGGC